AGGAGGAGGACCUCUUCUAGGCCAUUUGGAGAGGCGAGGGAGGCAGACCCGCUACCCGGAGGCUCCCAGGAGUAGAAACCCGUGGAGAACUUGCGGAGGCCUGCAGCUCCAGUGCCACUGCCACCGCCAUGGCCCCCACGCAGCUCUUCCGUGCACUUGUGUCGGCACAGUGGGUGGCAGAGGCGCUGCGGGCCCCACAAGCUGGGCAGCCCCUGCAGCUGCUGGACGCGUCCUGGUACCUGGCCAAGCUAGGUCGGGAUGUGAGACGUGAGUUCGAAGAGCGCCACAUCCCUGGUGCCACUUUCUUCGACAUCGACUACUGCAGCGACCGCACGUCCCCCUAUGACCACAUGAUGCCCAGCGCCGAGCACUUCGCAGAUUACGCAGGCCGCCUGGGCGUGGGAGCCAGCACACAUGUGGUGGUCUAUGACACCAGUGACCAGGGCCUGUACUCAGCGCCACGCGUCUGGUGGAUGUUCCGCGCCUUUGGCCACCGCACUGUGUCUCUGCUCGACGGUGGCCUCCGCCGCUGGUUGCACCUGAAUCUUCCACUCAGCUCCGGCAAGAGCCGCCCGGUGCCCACUGAGUUCAGCGCUCGGCUGGACCCCACCUUCAUCAAGACCUAUGAGGAUAUCAAGGACAACCUGGAGUCCCACUGCUUCCAGGUUGUGGAUGCCAGAGCCGCAGGCCGCUUCCGUGGCACGGACCCUGAGCCCCGAGAUGGCAUCGAGCCCGGCCACAUCCCUGGCACUGCAAACAUCCCCUUCACGGAAUUCCUGACGGAGGAAGGCCUGGAGAAGAGCCCCGAGGAGAUCCGGCGCCUGUUCCAGGAGAAGAAGGUGGACCUGUCCCGGCCCCUGGUGGCCACCUGUGGCUCUGGUGUCACGGCCUGCCAUGUGGUGCUGGGGGCCUACCUGUGUGGCAAGCCUGACGUACCUGUCUACGACGGCUCCUGGGUGGAGUGGUAUAUGCGUGCCCAGCCCGAGCACAUCAUCUCUGAGGGUCGGGGGAAGACCCACUGAGACUGGAGGGGUCACCAGGCCAGCUCAGGUGACACCAGGCCACCAGCAGUGCACAGCCUGGUAGCCCUGACUCUGCUUUGUGUGAAAGAGUGUUUACUGUCAUCCAGUUCAGGUCGAAUUUAGGGUGAUACCUGAGAAACUGGGGGCUCGUGGGCUCCCAGAGGAGGCAGGGAAAAGGUGAUGCAGGCACAGGAAGGGACAUCAGGACACAGAACUGCUCCUAAUGGUGCUAAGCUGGGGCCCUGUCUCACUUCCAUUUUACUAUUAGGGAAAUAAAAGAGCUAAGUGUGAAAGCCUGUAGCUGUGGGGCAGCCUGAUUUCCCAAGGAGCGAGGGCUCCUGCACACCCAGCAGAGGUUGCUCAGAGGAUCUGUGGGUCUGGGCAUCCCAUCCUGCUUCCCUAGCAGAGCUGGGGUCCAGAGCCCCCUAUGCCAUGACCAGAAUGCUCCUUAGCAAGCCGUUCUCUGCCCACCCUGUGACCCUCCAGGUCUCUCUGGCUUUGAGAUGAAUUCUGCUGUGAUGUGGCUACCUCCAUACAGGUCACCCUUUGAAGAAAGACAUGAGCCCGAAACCUGCGGGAGGCUCCCCCACCCUGCCAGGAUGUUCUGGGAAGGGCUCAGUCUAGCCAGCCUGCAAGGGAUCUGGCCCCAAAUCUGGGAGCUCACCUUGGCAGGCAGGGUGGACCUGUGGGCACCAUCCAUCCUGCUCGGGGACCCCAGGCUCAGCGCCGCCUCUGUGUGUUUACUCUGCUCAGAGGGGUGCACAGGUGCCUGCUGUUCCUUAGGGCUCUGGCC